AUGUACCACUGGGGGAGCAAGGUGUGGAGCGAACGCAGCAGCGCAACCAUGCCAGUGACCGUGGACGCGUCCAUGUCGGACGCGAGCUGCGCCGUGCUGGCCUCCGACCUGUGGCCCAUGAUCUACAACAGGCUGGGGCUGAUCGACCGUCGGUCCGACGCGUACCUGAGCGACGCCUGGGACAUCGCUGCCCUGGCGUCCAGCUUCUGCGUGGGCCCUGGCAGGCAGCAGCACACGCCGAAGGUUACCUUGGUUGUCGCCUCGCCCGUGCGCGUCAUGAGCCCCACCGCGGGGCCAGGCGGCGGGUGCAGCAGCGGACUGCAAGCCAUCAACGACUCGGUCCGAUGGGCGGACGUCGACUGCUUCGACACGUUCCAGCUCAGGUGCGAUAUGAACUUCCAGCUCAGGGGCUGCCGCUCCUGGCUGGACGGCAGGCAGUGGCAUAAGCGCGUGAUCCUGUACAACGGGAUAAGCGUCUGGCUGGGAAACUUCAAGUGUCUCAACCGCUGGCCGGAAGGCAUGGCGGACGGCGAGUGCGAGCCCGUGCUCCGCUCUGGGCAGAGCGCAGGAAUAGUCGGAGGUCUCGGCUGCCUGGGCGGCGGCCGCACUGGGAAGAAGCCGCUGCGCAUCUCGCGUCUCCCUCGGGAUCGUCCAGAGCUGCUCGGGAUGCAAGGGGCUUGCGACUGGUCACUGCACGAGAGGGGGACUGAGCACCACGCGUGCACCCAGGAGGACCUGGGGCAGACCCACUCGUCAGUGGCGGUACUUCAGCAGCGGCGGGUCCAGUACCAGCAUGCAGAUCUGUUUGCACUAAAAGAGCAUGCUUUCUUCACGCCUCCGUCUGUUCAGCUGCUCAGCAUCUCCAGUCGCUGGCGCUGUGCUUAUCAUUCCUUGGCAGAUUGGCAUCGUGACUUUCAUGCAUGGUCGGAGCAGGUGAUUCAUGACCUGCCGCUUGUGGCUUGGCUGCGUGGCAAAUGGAGUGCUCACUGCAGUCGCAUUCGGCAGGGCAUUGCGCUGCGCACCCAGGCCAUGACGGCCCGCUCGCCUGCUGCAGGUGUCUCUGGCGUGCACUGGCAUCCCGCCGCGGCGGCGGCGCGCGAAGGCCUCAGUCUGCUGCAGCAGUUAGUGGGGUCGGUUGGGGUGCGGUGGGGGGAGUGCUUCGUGACUCUGCGCACCUCUCGCUCGGCGUGGCAAUGGUUCAUUAUCAAGAUGCUCGCGGGAGCCCUCUCGCUGUGCGUUCUCGUGCACGGCGGGUAUUUCAUUGCCAAGGCAACCAGCGCCGUUGGUCAGCCGCUCAACGAGGAGCUGCUUAAUGAUGUCCUAGCCCUCUCGCGAGAAGCCGCACGGCCCCGGGCGACGGCGGUUGCUCCCGGCGCCCGUCACGGCAUCGCCGCGACGCAUCUGCCGCAGCUGCCGCAGCUUCCGCAGCUGCCGCAGCUGCGGCAGGCGGCGGCGGCAGCCUCCGCGGCUGCCAGUUCCCCCGCCGCAGCGAAGUCCUGGCGGUUGUCGGCAUCGGUCGUGAUCCUCGCGCCUCGCGGUUCGGUCCCGGGCUGCGACCUGAGCCAGAAGAACAAGCAGCGGCCUUUCGAGAACCUGUCGGAAGGUCCCAACCCCGCCGGCGACGAUUUCGAUUACCGCGUCUGCUGUGUCAAACGCGCGGCCAAGUCGACGUUCAUGCCGGACACCAUGGUCUUCCCUGGCGGCGCCGUCGACCCCGAGGACUUGGCCUCCGCGGCGGAGCUGGCUGGCAGCGGCGGCCUGGACGCCGCGGUGCGCUGCGCAGCCGUGCGCGAGGCGUUCGAGGAGAGCGGCGUCGCUAUCCUCGACCCUCCGCUGGCUCUGGGGCCUGCCGAGCGCGCGGCCUGGCGCGACAGGGUGCACGGGGACGCCGCGCAGCUCCGGGCGCUGUGCAGAGACGCCAGGGUGAGGCCUGCCUGCGGCUCGCUCACUUCUGGUGCAGCUUCAUCACGCCCGAUGUCGAGCACGGCCGGCUCCCCAAGGGAGGCUUCGACACCCGCUUCUUCGUUUGGUGCGCCUCCGGCGAGGACGCCGCGUGGGCCGCCGUCGAUCGUCACGAGACGGUGA